CAGUCAUCACCUUGCCUUGGAGAGGUGAGCACUGGAUGUAAAGCUGGAGAUAUAUAUAUUUAAUAGAAUUUGUCCUGUUUUUGACCAAUUUUGAUGGAUAUAGUGUUGGAGAUACUUCAGGCUAUCGAGCGUCUCUUCCUGCCGUUUCUCUCCCCUUCUGGUUGAUGGUCUAUGAUCAGAUUUACUGCAGAUGCUAGUCCACACUUACACAGCCAUGGACCGGCACGAUGGAGUUAACAGCCACAGUUCAAGGCUGUCCCAACUCGGGUCGGUCUCCCAGGGACACUACUCAACGGCUCCUCCGCUCUCUCAUACCCCGACGUCGGAUUUCCAGCCACCAUACUUCCCUCCUCCUUACCAACCUCUCCCUUACCACCAGAGCCAGGACCCUUACACGCACGUCAACGACCCCUACUCCUUGAACGCUCUGCACCAACCCCAGCAGCAUCCUUGGCAGCAGAGGCAGCGGCAGGAUGUGGGUGCCGAGCCCAGCCUUCUCCACCAGCCCCGGGUUCUACCCCAGAUUACAGGGCUGGACCCUCGCCGGGAUUACCCCGGUGUGCGGCGGCCAGACGUGCUUGUCCACUCCGCUCAUGGACUCGACUCGGGCAUGGGAGACAGCCUCUCUCUUCAUAGUAUCAGCCAUCAUGGAAUGGAAGAUAUCCAGGCUUUGGAUGACACGGGUACCACUGGCAUGAGCUUAUUGGACCAGUCCGUCAUUAAAAAGGUCCCACUUCCUCAGAAGAAUAUCACAUCUCUGAUGAUGAACAAAGACAAUCUCCUCGGUGGAAUUGCGAAUCAUAACGAGGUGUUCUGCUCGGUGCCGGGACGCCUGUCUUUGCUUAGCUCCACAUCCAAGUACAAGGUGACGGUGGGAGAAGUCCAGAGGCGCCUGUCCCCACCUGAGUGUUUGAACGCAUCAUUGUUGGGGGGAGUCCUGAGAAGAGCCAAGUCGAAAAAUGGUGGAAGGUCGUUGAGAGAAAAGCUAGAGAAGAUCGGAUUAAAUUUACCCGCGGGCAGACGUAAAGCUGCAAAUGUCACUUUACUAACCUCACUAGUGGAAGGCGAAGCCGUACAUUUAGCCCGGGAUUUUGGGUACAUCUGUGAAACUGAAUUCCCUGCCAAAGCGGCAGCCGACUACCUGAACAGACAGCACACAGAUCCCAGCGAGCUGCACUCCAGGAAGAAUAUGAUCCUGGCCACGAAGCAACUUUGCAAAGAAUUUACAGAUCUGCUGGCACAGGAUAGGUCUCCACUGGGGAACACCAGGCCCAACCCCAUCCUAGACCCAGGCAUCCAGAGCUGUUUGACUCACUUUAGCCUCAUUACGCAUGGUUUUGGCUCUCCCGCCAUUUGUGCCGCUCUCACAGCUGUCCAGAACUACCUGACGGAAGCAUUAAAGGGACUGGACAAGAUGUUCUUAAACAACAACCCAAAUAGACACACAUCUGGUGGGGAGGCAGGCACCAAAACUGGAGACAAGGAGGAAAAGAACAGGAAAUGAAAAACAUUCCUCCAAACUUUUUAUUUUCUGUAGCUUUAUAUAAAAAAAAUCUUCUAUUGACUUGGAAAAGACAACAACGCACAUACAACGGAGCAACACUGGGUCAACUGUUUGCAAUCAAUAUGGACCUGGAUGCAAGGCAUCAAGACGUUUUUUCUUGGUAUUUUUCCAAUUUUGCAAACAUUUUGACUUCCAUUUUAUGUCAAAAUGGCAGGUGAUUCCAAGAUCUACUUGUGUGACUGCAAAUUGAUUUUUAUAGAUAUAUUAUCAAAAUCCUCUGGUCCCACGUUCAUUUCAGGUCCGAUUUCUGUGCACAGUUCUGCAUGUUAUGAGGAUGGAAACAUUCCAGCAAAAGAAAAUGAUGAACAGGUAACAGAAACACUUAAUAGCUUUUUCUACCCCCCUCUAUUUGGAUGCGCAGUUUCAAUGUAGUGUCUUUAACGAUUUAUUACCCAAGGUUUGAUGGUUCGCACACAAAAUUUAACAUAUAGUGACAAUAAUGACAUGUAUCUGCUGAAUCUAACCCCAAGCAUAACAAUACAGGCAGUAGUGUGACUGUCCAUAACCUUCCAGUCGACAUGAAUCUAAACGGAGCUCUAACUAGAUAAUUAUUCACCCUCGAUUGCAGUUGUCAGAUCAAGUUCAAGGUGAACACCAGCACUGCAAAAAUAACUACACAAAGCAGAAUGAGUACAGACAGAAGGUGAGUUCACUUCAAAGAGACGGGCUGAAAUCCAACAGAGAUUAAUGAGAAGGGAACAUUGCAUUAUAGAAACGGGCAGUGCUCCCCCUGCAUGGCGUAGUCUAUUUAAAACUUGGUACAUUCCGACACAUCAUUAAAUGUAACUGGUCUUCCUUUCAAUAAUUGUUCUGAAUUUAGCAGCAUCUACUUAAAUACGCAGUACGACACGAUACCCCCCUUAAGAAGCUAUUAGCAUUUUGAUCAAUCUGUUUUGGUGAUUUUUUAAAAGACCUCCCCUUUAUCCCUCGAAGGACACAACUAUCGUGCAACCUCCCUCAGCUCAGAGCAACGUCUUUCUCCAAAGCACUUUUGACCUCAGCUGAUGCGCAGUUUGGUCAAUAUGAACAUGAAUGGACACUGAAGGCACUGUCCGAACGCAACGCGUUGACCCAGUCAACCCCUCGAGAACUGAUAGCAAUUUAUAUGUAGAUGGUAGAUUUUAAUACAAACACGAACUAAAGGCACGCAGAAAGCACAUGAGCUGUAUCAGAGCAGCUUGAUUUGGUUAGUUAGGAAGAAAAUUCAUGUGUUCGUCCGAAAGUAACCUUUUAAGAAUAUCGCCAUAAAUACAUGUCGAGAUCGACUCUUUUUGUUUGCAUAUAAAUGUUCAGAACUGCAUCCAUCACAAUUGGAGUCAAUUGUUAAUACACUUAUUUAAGAAGUACCCCAGUGCAUUAUUUCAUUAAAUCACUAGCAUGCACACUUGAUAAAAAAAAAGCCUAUGUUUGAAAGAGACAAUUGGUUCACGCGGGUCAAUAGCCACGGGUCAGUAAACUGGAUUGAGAAAAACAUGCAGAUUCUUGGGCUGUCUGGAUGUGCUGGGUGUCUCUCAAACUAAAAGACAGAGGUUACUCUAAAAAUAGCAAAGUUCUUAUUUCUUAACCAUGUUGUCUGCAUUUUCUGGAAAAAAUAGCAAAUUAUGUCCUCGUGACUGUGAAACAUUUAACAGUCAAGAAUGUAAAGUAGAUUUUUCAAAUUGCUUCCCAUAUUUUUCGGUCAGUGGAACCGCGCUGUCCACAUAUCUCGCCUGCAUGCAAUGUUGAAACAAGUUCAAUAACAACGUUGCAAGAGAAGGCGAGGAAGUUGAGGGCGACACAAAACAAAUUUCCCACACGAAAGGUAAACGAUAAACGUUGUAGGGGAUCUGAUUGUUCCUCUUUAAUCCCAGAGGUUCCGAGAAUGAAUGUUCCACUACCUGCACUUAGACAUAUUUUUGAGAACAACCAGAUAUAUUAAUUAUCUAUUUGGAAGCAAUGCGU